AUGACGUCAGACGGCGCCUGGCUGCACUCAAGCGCCGCCCCCAUCCCCCUAAUUACGAGUAGUGGGCGGCGAGCGGAGAGGGCGUUCGCCGAGCGCGAGUGCGAGGAGCUGCUGGAGCCCGACCUGGGCACGGUGACGCUGACGGGGCGGCUGUUCGGCGACCGCGCGACCUACUCCUGCCAGCUGGGCUACCACGUGGUGGGCCUGCGCGAGCGCACCUGCCAGGCCGACGGCACGUGGUCCGGCGACGCGCCCGCCUGCAAGCAGAACGUGUACUGCACGUCGCCGCCGGUGCUGGAGCACGCGCGCCACAGCGCCCUGCCCGAGCAGCAGACGUUCGCGCUCGACUCGACGCUGCAGUACCAGUGCGUGGCCGGCUACAUCACGCGGGGGUUCCCCCGCGCCAAGUGCCUCGCCAUCGACGGCAGCGCCUCCUGGUUCGGGCCCGACAUCAGCUGCGACCGUGAGUACACGCGCACCUCCUCCUCAUUGCUCUAG